AUGGAAAAGGAACUGGAUUCAGAGGUGAUAAAAGCAACACAGAAUUCUUUGGGCAAAUAUGUAAAGCGUCCACCGCUUACUGAUAAACUGUUGAAGAAACCACCUUUUAGAUUCUUGCAUGAUAUUGUGACGACAGUACUGAAGACAACGGGAUUCUUUGAAGGUCUAUUUGAAGAUCAUGAACUGGUCUCUGAUAAUGUUAAGGAUAGGGAAAGUAAAAUUACAUUUCUUAAUAAAGUUAUAGCUGUUAUAGGGUUAACGACAGGAAAAGCUUUGACAGUAAAAUCAUCCAAAAUAGUCGCUGGACAAGAACCUGAGAACACCAAUGAAUUACUUCAAUGUCUCGCUUUCGCGUUGGAUAAAAAACUGUCAUCCGAUGAAGCAGUGCGAAAGGUAAAAAACGGUGAAAAACCAUCUGGAGAUACAAUAAGAAAGGACGCGGCGAAAUCUGUGAAAACUGUAAAUGAGACAAAGAAACUCGCAUCAAAAACCAUUCUCCCGAGCAAUAAAACAGAUCCGAAAGAUCGGUCCCUAACCAGAAACGAAAAAGACAAAGUAAACAAAGUUAAUGCAGCCAAAACUAAGCAAAAAGAUAACACUGUAGCCAAGAAAGAUAUUCCACCUAAAAAAAGCUCUCAACAAACUAAAACUAUUUUGAAAAAGAAUUCUGUUGAUAAACAGCUGCAAAAUAAUCAUGAAAAUGUUACACCUGAAAAUAUAGUUGCCGUACCUAAUGAGACCGAAAAUGUACAAAGCGUGAAAAACACAAAUGAAAACGAUGGUCAUGAUCAAGAUUCUGGAGUGUCUCUUGAAAAGCACGAUGUUACUGACGGUGUCGUUACAACACCGCCUCAAAUUAUAUCAAAUCCAGAACAAGGUGAUCUGGGCAACACUUCUUUUACAAUCAUUGAAAAUGAUCUGAAUUCAUCAUUAUCAUCGCAAGAUUUGAUGGAAGUGGAUAAUGACAAUGUCGAAGAAAAUCGUAUAGAAAAUACACACAUUAAUGAGUUUGGUUCAAAAGUUAAACAUGACCAUUACGAGCCAAGUAAAUUAAAAGUUUUUUCUCAUACAAGUACUACAUUAAAUACAGAUGAGGGUACGAGAUCAAGUCGUAAUGGUACUAGCAGUGGGCCACAAAGUCUAACAAAAGAUACAGACAAAAGUAGCGUUCACAGUAAGUCAGUCACUGCAACGCAAGUUAAUAAAAUUGAAAAAGUGGAUAGCAGUGCUCAUGUUACGAGACCUAAAAGUGUUAGACCUUCGUCUUCUAGACCAGGAGCACCAAGAUUACGAGAAAAAUACGAGAAUGUUUUAGCUGGUAACGACAAUCUUCUUGUAGGUAAAGUUAAUAUCAUAGUUGAAAAUACACCAAACGAAGAGGAGGAGGAAGACGCAAGUAUAAUAAUAAUAAAUCAGUCUACAGAAACUUCAACAACGAACAACGAUCACCCAGAACAUCGUAUCUCGUCAAACCAACAUGGUCAUUUAGUGCAACAGAUUUUAGACUCACAAAAGGAGUUUUCUCAAACUGCGGGAAAGACUGAAAUCGAAUGGCAAUUUGGUGCUCAAAAAGCGAGAGAAGCUGUCAAUCAAGAGGUUGAACAGUUAAGGUUUAAUAUUCAAGCAUUGUCCAGAGUAACCAAUCCCCUGGGUAAAUUAUUGGAUCACAUUCAAGAAGACGUAGAGGUGAUGAGGCAGGAAUUGCAACAGUGGAUGAAAACUUACGACGAAGCUUCGAAAGAAUUGCAAAAAGAAAAGACAGCAAAUGAGGACUCGUUGUACCCUCUUCAUUCGAAACUAAGGCAGCUGGAUGUAGAUAUUGAUGAGAAACGAGACAAAAUCAACGAUCUCAAGAUAGUAAUACACAAAAAUGCGUCACGCAUUGACAAACUCCUUACAAGUGGGGACGUGCAAUAAUAUUUACAUAUUGUAGUUUUUAAAGUAUACAUAAAAUAAAGCAAAGUACACAAUUAUGAAGUUCGCAAUAUACAGGAUACAUAUUCCUACUAUAAACAAAUUAUUAAUUAAUUCGCUAGCGCGAUUAUGGGCAUUUGGUCUCGGUCUUGAGUUUGAUUCCUGAAAGAAAACAUCUAAAUAGCUAG